CGAGUGGCAGUGACGGUGAAGAGAGCUGAGAAUCUGCCCAAGGUUGAUACGCUGGGAUGGAUCGACGGCUACUGCGUGAUCACCCUCGGGGAUGAGACGCACAAGACGAGGAUCGUGAAGCGGCAGCAGCACCCUGAGUGGAACGAGUCGUUUGAACUCUCCCUGCCCGCCUCCUCUCCCGUCCUCAUCCUCACUCUCUUCGACUGGGAGCUCCGACGCAGCGACAGGGCUGUAGGGCAGCUGCACGUCAGCCUUGCAGAUAUC